AUGCUGCAGGAUUCUUCCUCCUGCAGCUCGGACACCGGGGACGUGUUAGUCCGCUCCACCGGGCCUCUGGGACCGGCGUCAGUCCGGAUUACCGUCCAAAAGCUCCGGGACGAGGCUCCUCUCACCGGGAAGAAGCUCCGGGAUGAGGCUCCUCUCACGGGGAAGAAGCUCCGGGACGAGGCUCCUCUCACCGGGAAGAAGCUCCGGGAUGAGGCUCCUCUCACCGGGAAGAAGCUCCGGGAUGAGGCUCCUCUCACCGGGAAGAAGCUCCGGGACGAGGCUCCUCUCACCGGGAAGAAGCUCCGGGACGAGGCUCCUCUCACCGGGAAGAAGCUCCGGGACGAGACUCCUCUCACGGGGAAGAAGCUCCGGGACGAGGCUCCUCUUACCUUGAAGAAGCUCCGGGACGAGGCUCCUCUUACCGGGAAGAAGCUCCGGGACGAGGCUCCUCUCGCCGGGAAGAAGCUCCGGGAUGAGGCUCCUCUCGCCGGGAAGAAGCUCCGACACAAGCCGGAGAUCAAGGCUCCUCUGCGGGCAUCUGCGGACUCUCAGCCCGGUAGAAGCUCCGGUAGAAGCUCCGGACCACAGCUUCCAGCAGCCGAGUCGAGUCCAGACAGGAAGUUCUCUGCUGGGACAGGAAGUGAUCAGCCGCCCGGUCACGACCUCCUGACGUCACGCUUCGCCGCCGGAGGCCGAGGAGUCGUGCUGGCGGCUCUGAAACAGCGUUCUCACAGCGCCCCCCGCAGGAGGGAGGUCAAAGUGCAGCUGCUGGAGCCGGGGUCGACCACAACCGGCUCCCAGGAUGGUCUGAGGGCCGGCUCCCAGGAUGGUCUGAGGGCCGGCUCCCAGGAUGGUCUGAGGGCCGGCUCCCAGGAUGCACCUGGUCUGAGGGCCUGUUCCCAGGAUGCACCUGGUCUGAUGGCCGGUUCCCAGGAUGCAGUGGGUGUCCAGGCGGAGGCUGAGCGGUCCUCUGGUCGCCGUGGAGACGCCACUGACGCAGCAGCAGCAGCAGCCGCGGCCGUAGCUGCAGCUGCUCCUCUCAUCAAGGCUCAGUCAGACAUGGAGGCUCGAGUGUCACAGCUGGCAGACGGCGUUGAGAGACUGCUGCAGGCCGACAGGCAGGGCGCUGAAAGGGGGCGGAGCCUGAGCCAGCACACGCUGCAGCACCUGGAGACGCUGCACAGCCAUCAGCUGCAGCUGCAGAGCCAGCUGCUGGAGUCAGCCCUCAGGAUAGUCGCAGGCCACGCCCCCUCCGACACCGCCAUGACCUCUGACCUCACAGCGUCAGGUCAGCCGGCCUGUCUGCAGGUCACUCACCUGGAUGCUGCAGCUAUCGUCCUCGGCAACCAGCAGCCGAGCUCCUUGGCAACCAGAGCCGCCUCCGUGGAGACCGGCCCAGUUUCCAUGGCAACACCCCGCCGUGACCGAUGGCCAGAGCAAACCAGGGAUGAUGGGCAUCGCCGAGGCCCUCUGAGAGUUUCCAGGGCAACCAAGCUGUCCAACAGAAGUCACCUGCAGUCCUCGGCCAAUCACGGAGCAGCUGCGGCGAGGAGAGCCAGAGAGGUGCUGAAGGAGAUGGGACGGCUGAAGACGGAGAUGGAGAUGCUGCUGAGGCCUGAAGAGUCCCUGAACACCACACCUGCACAAGACCCCCACGAGACCCAACAAGACCCCCACCAGACCCUACAAGACCCCCACCAGACCCUACAAGACCCCCACCAGACCCAACAAAACCUACAAGAGACCCAACAAGACCCCCACCAGACCCAACAAGACCCCCACCAGAUACGACAAGACCAUCACCAAACCCUACAAAACCAAUCCAAAUCCAAACAAAACCCCCACCGGACUCAACAAAACCUACAAGAGACCCAACAAGACCCCCACCAGACACGACAAGACCCCCACCGGACUCAACAAAACCUACAAGAGACCCAACAAGACCACUACCAGACCCAACAAGACUACCACCAGACCCAACAAGACCAAUCCAAGUCCCAACAAAACCUACAAGAGACCCAACAAAGCCAGUACAAGUCCCAACAGAAACACCCCAGAACCCAAGAAGACCCCCACCAAACCCAAAACCAGUCCAAAUCCAAACAAAACCCCCACCGGACUCAACUAAAACACCACAGGACCCAACAAAACCUACAAGAGACCCAACAUAGCCAGUCCCACUCCCAACAAAACCUCCAUCAGUCCCAUCCGUUUCGGCCUGUACUGGUCCAGAGGAGGCCUGAGGCUCGGUCCCAGUUGGAGGAGGCUGGUCUGGUUCUCCGUCGGGUUCAGAGACAGAAGAAGGUUCUAGAGGAGAACCUGGACUCUCUGCUGAGAGCUAAAACUGGAGAAGUCCUGCACUGCCAGCUGGAGGCGCUGGCUGCUAACAGAGACUGGACUGAGGAGGUCCGGAUCAAGAAGACGGUGGAUGCGUGGAUCAACACGUUAAGUAAAGACAUCAUGGCUGAGAUGUCCUCGGAGGACGCUGCGGGGGUUGCAGGUGCUGCAGGUGCUGCGGUGGCGUUGCAGCAGAGGGCCGCUGGGAGCAGAAGCUCCGCCCACUCAGGCAGGAGGAGGCCAGUGAGCACGCUCAGAGGGACAGGAAGUAAGACGGCGGCAGGAAGAGAAAGCAGAGGACAGACAUCAGGACAGAGACAGGGGGCGCUGGAGGGGGCGGAGCCUGAUGGAGACGCUGAGCAGGUGGAGGGAGAGUCGUACCUGACUCGUCUGUACGGCAGAGCGCCGUACGACGGCCUGAGACGAACCCUGAAGAAGAGUCCGUACCUUCGCUUCAGCUCGCCCGCAUCGCCACUCGGCAGGAAGUCCCGCCCCCGACUGGUGGAGAGUGUCAGAGGUGUGAAGGUGAAGUCCUGUAAGACUCAGACCAGUCUGGCUCCUCCUGGACGACCUCAGCAUCACUACAUCCUCACCUCCUCACCUCUGACCUCACGUGACCCCUCUGACCCCGCCGUGACCCCGGCAGACACUCGCUCUGUUCCCAUGGCGAUCCCGCUGGGUCGUCCCAGGAUGGACUCUUCCUCCAGGCGUCGUCCCACCGAGCGCCGACAGGAAGUGACCUCACCGCCCACGGCUGUUGCCCCCGUCGCCGCGGUGACCGUGGACCCUGAAACUCCCGAGCAGCUCUCACAGGAUGAAGAGCAGCUGGAUGCAGGUGGAUCUCCUCCUCUUCAUCCUCCUCUUCAUCCUCCUCCCCAUCUUCCUCCUCCUCUUGAAGAGGAGGAUGAAGAGGAUGUCCUCCCUGGAAAUGACUUCCUGUCUGUCGCUGAGGUUGUUCAGGAGGAGGUCAGUGUCGAGGCUGAGGAGGCUCUGGAGCUGGAUGGGGGUCCGUCUCCUCCUCCAGUCCUCUACCAGGGUCCAGUCUUCCCUCCCCAGGCUCCCCCUGCCCCCCCCACCCAGGAUCAGAUCUCUGUGCAGGGCCACGACCUGCAGAGGGACGCACUGGAGGACCGGAUGGUGGAGUGGGUGGAGCAGCAGCUGAUGUCUCGGAUGAUCUCGGAGAUGUACCGCCCCCCUCCGGCUGACCCCGCCCAGAACGACUCCACCGACCAAUCAGAGCUCGAGGAGCAGAGCUUCACCUCAGAUAUCGUGGAGGCAGCAGGAGGUGCAGGUCUGCAGCUCUUUGUAGACUCCAGCGUGUCUGUGGACUCGGCGUUAAUCAGGUGUUUGGUUAACGAGGUUCUGACGGAGACGAUCGCCCUGAUGCUGGGACAGAGGGACGCACCAGGACCAGGACCAGAACCAGAACCAGGACCAGGACCAGGACCAGGACCAGGACCAGGACCAGCAGCCCAUCAGGAGGACAAACCGGUUCCUGUGGUUCCUACUCCGGUCCCAACGCCUCCGCCCAGUCCGGCUCCACCCAGCAGAGAGGCCACGCCCCCGGUCACGCCCCCUCCGUCUGAACCAAUCAGCCCACGGGACGAGGAGCCUCCUCAGCCAAUCACAGCUCCAGAGCUCAUAGCCACGCCUACUCCCAGCCCUGAUCCCGCCCCCUCUGGAGGAAGCCCCCCCGCUGCUCAUCAAGCCCCGCCCCCUCUCACCUGGGGAGAUGCUGAGCUGCCAUUGGACGAGGAGAGACCAUCGGAGCAACUGGAUACACACACACAACCGCUGGUGAUGUCAGUAGCACAGGAGGAGCCUCCCCUCUCCACUCCUCCUCCUCCUCCUCCUCGUCGCUCCCCGUCCCCCGCCCCCCCUCCUGAACUCAGACCAGCCUCCUCCAGCCCAGCAGACACCAGCUCCAGCAGCAGCAGCAGCUCCAGCAGCAGCUCCAGCUCCAGCAGCGCAGUGACGGCUGGGACUGAAGCAGCACUCAGACACAUUUCAGAGGGAGAGCUGCUCAUUACUGUCAACCAGCUGGCAGCCAUGACAGAGGAGGACACUGUCCACAGUUUCUCCAGCUCUCUGCAGGACAUGGACUUUGACCCCCCCAGUGAAGGUCAGGUCAGAGGUCACGACCUCCUGUUGACCCUGCUGACCAAGAUGGAGCAAGGAGUCACACACAGAGGAGAGAGACCACAGCCUGAGGGCUCGUGGGGGAGGGGUGAGGAAGAGGAGGAGAGUUUGGGGGAGCUGAGAGACGAUCAGGUGACUAAACCCAGCAGGCCGAGUGUGAGUGCUACGGCAGCCCGAUGGAGUCAAAGCUCCUCACCUGGUCAGAUCAGUCAGAGCGCAGAUGUGCCAGAAGUCAGUUUCGAAGCGACUAAUCAGUGCUCGGUUGCCCUGGGCGACCAGAUGAUGGAGCCAAGCGGCACAUUGACCUCUGACCUCCUCAGCAACCUGUCACUGUCUCCACCUGCACACACAGCAGGACAGGUUGUUCUGGUCACACAGUUCGACACACAAACAGAGCAGCAGAGAGGAGGAAGGAGGAUGGAUGUUCAUCUGCCCUCCAUCAGACCGCAGCAGGAGGAGGAAGAGGAGCAGGAAGAGGAA